UCACUCAAAUUCUGUCUUGUCCCAUUGCCAUUACAAUGGCUAGUGAGUAGUGAGUGAAUGAAACAACGAAAGAGAAGUUGGAAACGGGUUCCUUGUCCCUUCACUUAUUAUUAUUUUUUCACGCUUAGGGGUGUGUGCUUGACUAACCACUGAGAUUUUGUGGGGAGGAGGAAAUUUCUGGGGAGAUUGCAAAUGAACGGCCCACCGCGCUCUUCGUUUCGGCACUCCGCCCCACUUAAUAGCAUCAACAAAAAUCUCCCACUCACUCGCCUCAUCCACUAACGUCCAGUACGACAACCACUCCGGACAAAACGACAACCUGGAUUCCCAACCCCAAGUGCAUGCAAAUGCAAAUGCAAUGCAACGCAGCAGCAGCCCGCAGAGAGAGCCCGGCCCAACCUCGCUCACUGUAGCCGAUGCAACAAUUACUUUCCUUCCACAGUGCAGCCUUUUUUUCUGGUUCUCUCCUUCGCCUCUGCCUGCCUCUAUCCUUUCAAUGACGUGGCCAAACGCAAACCAACAUCCCCCAAGUAGCGCGGCUUAUUCAGGACUCGCCCACCGCCUUGCCUACUAAAAAGAAAAAAAAAAAAGAAGAAGAAAAAUUGGCACAAUCCUCUCUCCCAGCCGUCUGAUCAAACCCCACUCCCUUCCUUCCCAUCCACUGGCUCCCACUAUAAAUCCUACUUCCUCCGUUUCCCUGCCAUCCUCACCUUCCUUCUCCGCCGCCUAUCCCCUUUCUCUCUUCUUCCAAUCAAACCCAUAAACCACACUAUGGAAGGAACCGGCGUUGUGGCGGUGUACGGAAACGGCGCCCUGACCGAGACCACCAAGACAUCCACCUUCUCCGUCAAGGUCGGCCUCGCCCAGAUGCUCCGCGGCGGCGUCAUCAUGGACGUCGUCAACGCCGAGCAGGCGCGCAUCGCCGAGGAGGCCGGCGCGUGCGCCGUCAUGGCCCUGGAGCGCGUCCCGGCCGACAUCAGGGCCCAGGGCGGCGUCGCCAGGAUGAGCGACCCCCAGCUCAUCAAGGAGAUCAAGCAGGCCGUCACAAUCCCUGUCAUGGCCAAGGCCCGCAUCGGCCACUUCGUCGAGGCCCAAAUCCUCGAGGCCAUCGGCGUCGAUUACGUCGACGAGAGCGAGGUCCUCACCCUCGCCGACGACGACAACCACAUCAACAAGCACAACUUCCGCAUCCCCUUCGUCUGCGGCUGCCGCAACCUCGGCGAGGCCCUCCGCAGGAUCCGCGAGGGCGCCGCCAUGAUCCGCACCAAGGGCGAGGCCGGCACCGGCAACGUCAUCGAGGCCGUGCGCCACGUCAGGUCCGUCAUGGGCGACAUUAGGGUUCUCAGGAACAUGGACGACGACGAGGUCUUCACCUUCGCCAAGAAGAUCGCCGCCCCUUACGAUUUGGUCAUGCAGACCAAGCAAUUGGGGAGGCUCCCCGUUGUCCACUUUGCCGCAGGCGGGGUCGCCACUCCCGCCGAUGCCGCGCUGAUGAUGCAGCUGGGCUGCGACGGUGUCUUCGUCGGCUCCGGGGUUUUCAAGAGUGGGGAUCCGGCUAAAAGGGCCCGUGCAAUUGUUCAGGCGGUGACCAAUUACAGCGACCCGAAUGUCCUGGCUGAGAUCAGUUGUGGGCUUGGGGAAGCCAUGGUUGGGAUUAAUCUGAAUGAUAGCAAGGUGGAGAGGUUUGCGAGCAGGUCUGAAUGAGAAGAAAGAAGGCACGGGGGAAGAAAGGAGGCUCAUUGCU